CCUCUUCAUUUACGCGGCUAACGUGCGCACCUCUCAUUGCGGCAAGUCCCCCUUCUGGAUCCGGGAGCGAGCUGCUCGGCGUUGAGCUAGGGCGCACGGCUCUAACGUGCGCCAUUCAGUGCUCCCAUAUUUCAUAUAAAGCAGCACUCAACAUAGAAAGGUUAAUCGGUGAUUUAGUCAGAGUAAUGAGUUGUUUCUCUUGCUUAUUCAAGGGUCUGACAACUCCAGAGAAGAAAACUGUUCAAAGAGAUGAAGAUAUUGCUGGUGUUGAAAAUGUGAAGAUCUUCUCUUAUAAAGAAUUGUGUAAAGCCACUAGAGAAUUUAGCCCUGUCAAUAAAGUUGGCAAAGGCGGUUUUGGAUCUGUUUACAGAGGAACACUUAAAGAUGGGACAGUCAUUGCUGCAAAGGUCCUCUCUCAUGAGUCAAGACAAGGAAUACGAGAGUUCUUGACUGAGCUUACUGUGAUUUCUGAUAUAAUCCACGAGAACCUUGUUAGAUUGUAUGGUUGCUGUGUUGAAAGUGUUCAUAGAAUACUAAUUUACGAGUACAUCGAGAACAAUAGCCUUGCGCAGACUCUUCUUGGUGCAAAUCGUAGUAAUAUUCAGUUCAGUUGGAAAACACGAACAAAUAUCAGCAUAGGUAUUGCACGUGGACUUGCAUUCCUUCACGAAGAAGUUCGACCUCCUAUAAUCCAUCGUGAUAUCAAAGCAAGCAAUAUUCUUCUUGAUAGGGACCUUACUCCCAAAAUCUCUGAUUUUGGGUUAGCAAGGCUCCUGCCACCAAAUGCAACCCAUGUUAGUACUCGCGUUGCUGGAAGCAGAGGUUACUUAGCUCCAGAAUAUGCGUUACAUGGGCAGGUGACAUGCAAGUCGGAUAUCUACAGCUUUGGUGUUCUUCUAUUGGAGAUAGUUUGUGGAAGAUGUAACAGAAACACAAGCUUGCCUCAUGAAGAACGCUUUCUUCUUGAAAGGACCUGGCUACACUAUGAAAGUGGAGAGCUGGCAAAAGUUGUAGACACCUCCAUAACAGAUGAUUUGGAAAUAGAAGAGGCAUGCAAGUUCUUGAAGAUUGCUCUUCUGUGCACACAAGAGGUUGCCAAGCUUCGGCCAUUAAUGUCCACUGUGGUCACAAUGCUGACAACAAAGAUGGAUGUGGAGUCUUCUCAGAUAACCCGGCCUGGUUUGGUCUGUGAUUUCAAGGACCUCAAGAUUAGAAGCCAGAAAAAUACAUCAUCCACCGAGUCUUCGGGAUCACCGGAGACGACUCAUGCUAAUAUGACUUUCACAGCAAUAAGCGACAGAGAGUGAAGCAGUACUUGUGAAAGAUUAGUUUAUUGUGAUCUAUUAUAGUAUCUUAUUGAGCUUGUUCAAUUUCCUUGGGUUUGAUUUUUUUUAAUGGUUGUGGUAAAUGCAGGCAAUGUAUAUAGACACUUUCAGACGGUAAUGAUAUUAUUUCUAUUGAUGUUGAUGAA